CGCGCCAGUUUACAUAUGCCGCCGUGGUAAGUUUGGUGGUGUGGUGAAUUCAUCGAAGCCGUAGAAUGGGGAGUUGCCAAAGGCGCCAAUAAAGUUGACCGGCAAAAGAAGCAAGAGAAACGCCAAGAAGUUUGGCAAAAAAACACUACGCAUGCCUGCAAACCAAUAAUUGGACUUAAUAGGUAGCUGCAAUCAAUCAAGCUGCAAACAGAUCAAGAUGGCCAGCAAGCGGCUGAUGCUCGAUGUGGAGGAGGAGGAGGGUGACGGGGCGGGGGCGGGGGCAUGUGGCCAGGAGAACCAAGAUCCCCAGGAUGUGGAUAUAGUGAGCCAGGCCAAAAAGCGCAAGCAGGAGACUCCGCUGCAAAGGAUGCUCAAGCGGCACAUUCCCGCCGGCGGCAUCCUUUCGCCCAUCACCGAAUUGUCGCAAAAUAUGCGUGGAGCGCGACUGGAGGGCACUCCCAAGUCCACGCAGAGGAGCCAGGCGGGCGCCAGGACCCUGAACUCCUUCAAUAGCCUCUCCUCGCGCACGCUGAGCAGCUUCAGCAGUUCCUGCUCCAGCUACGAUUCGGGAAACUCCCUGGACGAUGAGUACAUGGCCAUGUUUGAGCUGGAUUCGGCGGAGGAUCAACAUUUAGAGCUACCCGAUGACCUGGAAGUUCUCCUCAGCGGGCAGCUUAAAUCGGAAGGGCAUCCCGAGAAGGAAUCCUCUGGAAAACCACGGAGCCUACGCCGCUGCAUGAGUUUGUUUCCCAGUAAUCAGCAGGAAGAGGAUGACAAUCAGUCGGGUCAAGUCAACAACAACUUGUCCACCAAAAAGCUGCAGACAAGGACGCUCUCCAUGAACGAUGCCGAAAUCAUGAGCGCCCUGGGCGAUGAACCCGAGCUGAUAGGCGAUCUCAGCAAGCCCUGCGCGCUGCCCUGUUUGGUUACAGGCAUCAGACAUCGUGAUUUGAAGACCAUCUCCAGCGAAACGCUGGCCAGGCUGAUUCGCGGGGAGUUUGCAGAGCAAUUGGGCGGCCACGGUGGCUACGAGAUCAUCGACUGUCGAUAUCCCUACGAGUUCCUGGGCGGGCACAUACAGGGAGCCCGCAAUCUGUACACACGCGGCCAGAUACAGGAGGCAUUUCCCUGCCUCACAGAAAACCAGGAGGAUCGUCGCAUCUUCGUGUUCCACUGCGAGUUCUCCUCGGAACGCGGUCCCAAACUGCUGCGCUUCCUGCGCAGCAACGACAGAAGCCAGCAUGCCCACAACUACCCGGCACUGGACUAUCCGGAGCUGUACAUCCUGCACAACGGGUACAAGGAGUUUUACGGCCUGUAUGCCCAGCUGUGCGAUCCCAGCCAAUAUGUGCCCAUGCUGGCGCCGGCGCACAACGAUGAGUUCCGAUACUUUCGGGCCAAAACUAAAUCCUGGCAGUGCGGCGAGGGUGGCGACAGUGGCAUCGGCGGAGGAGGAGGCUCUCGAGGCCUCCGGAAGUCACGAUCCCGCCUGCUCUACGCCGAGUAA